UUCAAGCUUUAGUUUCAUCUACACUGCUGCCUGCAUUUCGUUCUAGGGAAAUAGCACUCCAGUGUUUGCGGCUAGUGAGUAGUGAGUAGUGUUCACACGGCUAGGUUAUCAGGACUAACAGAAACACUAGGGGUAUGGCCGCGGUGAGGGACCUCACCAGGGCUAAGGCUAGUAAGGGUGCAGUGAUUGUCACCCUUCUUCUUCUGCUGGCUAGCACUAAACAUGCGAACUCGUUUGCCACCAAGUUCUCAAAAGUGGCCGACCAGACCAACAACAUGCAGCCGUCAUCACCAGCAGCAUUAGCACAACCACGACAACACGUAACCUUCGACUACGGCUGGAGGUUUCGUUUCGGUCACGCACCCGACGGCGCACCAGGACCCGGCGACACAACGUUCACGGACAUUUCUGGAUACGGCUGCUCGAACAUGGAGCACAACCCGAACAGGUACACGAAUUAUGACUGCAUGGUUUCGUGUGCGUACGACCCUCUGUGCAUGGCUUGGCAACAGGGCUAUGCCUGCUUUCACGGCCAAGCCAAUGCAGUCUGCUCCGAAACCAUGCCACAGAAACUGCCCCAUGGUGGACAGCGAAAGAGUGCAAAACCUCCGCGAACAGAUUACAAGUUUGCUGCCAAGAACUUCACCGAUUCUGACUGGAGAAUAGUUGAUGUGCCCCAUGACUUCUCCGUUGAACAAGACUUUGUUCAUUCUGCUGACCCUCACCAUGGUCAAUUAUCCAGGAAUGUGUCCUGGUAUCGCAAAUCAUUUCAUAUUCCUCAGGACUGGCAGGGUUCGUACAUUGAAAUCUACUUUGAAGGUGUGUUCCACGUAGCUCAGAUCUGGGUGAAUGGUCAGUAUGUACAGACACACACAUGUGGAUAUACCGGAUUCACAGUACGACUAGACAACAUCACCAGCUUAGAGUAUGGCACUGCUGCUGUCAAUGUCAUUGCUGUGCGUGUGGAUGCAUCAUUCGGUAGUGGUCAUUGGUACGAGGGUGGAGGAAUCUAUCGCAAAACAUAUCUCAUCGCCACUGGUCACACACACUUUGUACAUAGUGGAGUAUUUGUGUCACCAGAAAUUGACCUGCAAUCCAGAACAGCUCAUGCAUCUGUAGAAGUGGAGACGUUCUCCAGUGCAAGUCAGUUACUAACAGUCUCAUUCACUCUCUAUGACCCUAGUGGUGGAGUAAUGUCCACAAACACCACCAGUCAUAUCUCUAUCCAACCUGGGACACCACAGAUUGUUUCCAUGACACUGUCCGUUACCAAGGUGACACCAUGGUCGAUACAGGAGCCAUCAUUGUAUACGGUGAAAGCAGAGUUAGUGAACGCAAGUGAUGAAAGUGUUGUCGACAGCAGAAAUUUGACAGUUGGAUUUCGUCAAACUAGCUGGAGUGGUGCAUCGGGAUUUGCUCUGAAUGGCAAAGCUCUGAAGUUCCGUGGCUUCUCACAUCACAACAGCUUCACAGGUGUUGGCACGGCAAUACCAGAUCGUGUACACCUUUUCCGUGCGCAAGCAUCAAGGGCAGUAGGUGGUAGCUUCUGGAGAAUGUCGCACAAUCCGUACCUGCCCGUUCUGUAUGAGUUCCUGGACGCUGUAGGCAUACUAGUGUGGGAUGAGAACAGAGACUACGGAAUGAAGUAUGUUGGAGAAAUGCACGAUAUGGUUAAGUCGCACCGCAACCACCCAAGCAUAGUUGUGUGGAGUUUCUGUAACGAAGUGGAGUGUCAACAAGUCACAAACCAAACCGGCCUCUCAUUCCGUGCCACAGCCAAAUCCCUAGACCCUCAGCGGCCGACAGCAGCCAACGGAGGCACGGACGGCAUUGAUAUACAGGGUAUGUCGCAUGGACACAAUGAGUCAUUCAUCGGAUUUCAUGAGAAGAAUCCCGAGGUGCCGACUGUCCUGUCUGAGUGUUGUAGUUGCCAAACACAGAGGCUCAGUCGUGAUGCAACCACAACAUGCAUGCAUGACCAAAACUCGCCCGGGCUGCUCCCGUACGUUGCCGGCAGCCUGGGUGUAUGGACAUUGUUUGACUACUAUGGAGAAAGCUUUGGCUGGCCACGUGUGUCCUGUUCGUUUGGCAACUUUGACCUGGCCGGCUUCCCCAAGCCUCAUGCAUACUGGUAUGUCCUAAACUGGUUGGCUAUGAUACCCAUGGAUGAUCCUGGUCGACCUCUAUACCCCGCUGUGGACAUGACACGCAUACUGGACCUACUGACUCAGAUUGGUAAUACAGUCGCGGUGUUCUCGUCGGGUGCGUCGGUGGAGGUGUUUGUGGACGGCAAGUCGACCGGCCACCAGGAGAAUACAAACACCGGCGAAGCCAUGAUAUUCAACAUGACAACCAGCACACCGGCUACUUGUAACUACACACACAAUCUCACAGGAGUACAGUGCAUAGGCCUCAAUCACUCCAAGGCCAAUUCAGCAUCCGACUGUGAAGCGGCUUGCUGUGCUGCGAAGGAGACAUGUACCGUGUGGCAGUAUGCGGAGAAAGAGAAUGGAUGCUGGAUUGGCAAUGUGGAUCUGAGCAGAUGUACUGGUGCAGAUGAGAACUGGGUAGGCGGUGGAAGUAUGGUUACAGCCAGCAACGUCACGGCUGUAGGCAGGGAUGCAAGCGGCAAGGUCACAUCCAGCCAUGCUCUCAUUGCCGCCAAGGAAGCUCAUACAGUGCAGUUGACACUCGAUGCACCAUCUCCGACAACAGGCACUGGCACCAAACUCGUUCUCGAUGGGCACGAUGCUGCGCUAGUGGGUGCAAGUGUGGUGGAUGCGAACGGUGUUGUCGUCACCGACUCAACUGUCAACAUCACCUUCAGCGUUGUCUCGGGUCCAGGCAGGCUAAUUGCUGUCGGUAAUGGAGAUAACUAUUGCCAUCAGAAUGCCAAGAGUGAUCACAUACCGGUGUAUGGAGGUCAUGCCCGUGGCAUAUUCCAAGUAACCGUCGACUGUGUCAGUAACAAUCAUGAUAUGUGCCUCGCAAUCGAUGUAGACCAAGGACCAGCCAAGGUACAAGCAGGCGAGUGUGCCGAUGUUGAAAACAUUGUGAUCAAAGCAAGCAGUGAUGGAUUAGCUCCAGGCACAUUGUCUAUUCCAGUAUCUGGCUCUGUUGAUGACCUACCGCUGGAAGUUGCAAAGCAAUCCAAGGAUCUCUCUGGCUAUACGUAUCUUGAGACAUUCGUCGGAUGAUAGCGAACCCAUUGGCUUUGGAAACUGGCAUGUGUGUGUGACUAUUUCGUUAACUUGAAUCUUGCCACUGCCAGGUCCCAACAUCAUUUAUUAUGCUUUGAUGAACCUUUCCCCCUGCACUCAUCGUAUGGUGAUUUAUUGAUCUUCUUGUUUGGCAUGCACGUGCCGAAGAUGCCAUUACCUCAGGCUUAUCUGGUGCCGUUGCAUGCUGCCAGUGUCCACACUUAUUUGAAAUAGCGUUGGGCGUGUCAA